UACUUGACCCACAAAAGAGUGUUGGAGGGUUCCUGGUAUCCCCGUCAAAAACAAUCAUGGCGGAAAACUCAUUGAGAGUACGAUCUGGUUCCAGUGGAAAAGGACACCCACCUUCAAGCCCUGAUUCCCAGCCAAUGCAUGCAGUGUCUGCAAAGGGCACCCCCCUGAAGGGAGAGCCAGUGCAGAUUGUGGUUGCCACUGACAACCAUCAGUUUGAGCUCGACGAAGAGGCGUUGGAGCAGAUCCUGCUGCGCAGCGAUGUGAAAGACAAGAACGUGGCCAUCGUCUCAGUGGCCGGGUCCUUUCGCAAGGGCAAAUCCUUCCUGCUGGAUUUCUUCCUGCGCUAUCUCAGCGCUGGGGGUGCACCCGACUGGCUUGGAGAUGAAAAUGCGCCACUUGAGGGUUUCUCCUGGCGGGGUGGGUCUGAACGAGACACGACAGGAAUCCUCAUGUGGAGUGAACCUUUCAUUGUGAAGACACGUGAUGGAGAAGAGAUUGUUCUGUUGCUGAUGGAUACCCAAGGUGCAUUUGACAGUGAAAGUACAGUGAAGGAUUGUGCUACCAUCUUCGCUCUCAGCACUAUGAUCAGCUCUGUCCAGGUGUUCAACCUUACACAGAAUAUUCAAGAAGAUGAUUUGCAGCACUUGCAGCUGUUUACAGAAUACGGCAGACUGGCUCUAGAGGCCAAUGACAACAUAUCCAAGCCCUUCCAGGCCCUGCAGUUCCUUGUGCGAGACUGGAGUUUUCCGUACGAAGCCCCCUAUGGAGCUGCGGGCGGUCGACAGAUACUCGAAAAACGUUUACUGGUCUCGGACAAGCAGCACCCUGAGCUCCAGCAAAUCAGGCGACACAUCAGUUCCUGUUUCGACAAGAUCUCUUGCUACCUGCUGCCUCACCCUGGUCUGCGUGUGGCCACAAACCCCUACUUUGAUGGCAGACUCAAAGAAAUUGAACACGAUUUCCUGGAGCAGCUUCAGAUCCUGACCCCCAUGCUUCUGGCAAAGGAGAAUGUGGUGCUGAAGGAAAUGAAUGGCCAGAAGGUCCAGUGUAAGGAGAUGCUGGAGUACUUCAAGGCAUAUAUCAAGAUCUACCAGGGCGAGGAGUUGCCAGAGCCAAAGUCCAUGCUGCAGGCAACAGCAGAAGCAAAUAACCUGGCAGCCGUGGCGAACUCCAAAACUCUCUACACAAAGUUGAUGGAAGAGAUCUGUGGCGGAGAGAAGCCGUACCUGAAUCCAGAGGCGUUGCACGUGGAGCACACGCGCUGCGUGGAGCGCUGCAUCGAUCUCUUCCACAACACACGCAAGAUGGGCGGGCCAGAGUUCAGCCAGUCCUUCGAGGACAAGCUGAAGGAGGACAUUACGGAAGCUUUUGAGAACUUCUCCAAGCACAAUGAGUCCAAGAACAUCUUCAGCGCAGCGAGGACGCCGGCGGUGCUCUUCACAGUGGUCGUAGCCUUCUACUUUAUGUCAGGAAUUGUUGGAGUGAUUGGUCUGGAGACUAUCGGCAACCUGUUCAACCUGGUGAUGUUGGUGUUCCUGCUGCUGCUGGUCACCUGGUUCUACCUGCGCUACAGCGGCGAGCACCGGAACCUCUCCGUGGCCAUUGACCAGCUGGCUGACAUGCUCUGGGACAAUAUGCUGUCUCACGUGUACACCAAGCUGGCGGAGCAAGGCGUGAAGGAAGCCUUAAGACAGCAGGGGCUGCCUGUGGCCGCAGGCGGGGCCACUCCCAGAAGGCAGAACAGCUGGGCCAAGAAGGACGCGUGAUGAGAUAAAUUGCGGCGCUGUACAGAUUUUUUGCGUCCCUGUGUGAGUGUUUGGGAGUGUGUGAGAGACAGAUUCAGGACAGUCAAAGCCGUCCUGGUUCCGUGUCACGAAAAUCUGUGGUAGAAGCUGCAGGGUUUCUUUAAAAGAUGAGCUUAGCCAAAAUUGCGAUACUUACCACCUAAUUUUAUUUCUUUCAAAGUUGUUUUUUUUGCAUCAGUUUUCUUCAAAUUUUGGGGGUAUUUGAUUUUCCUCUUGUACCUUACAGGAAAAGAUUAUUAAGUACAGAAUUAUUUUGUAAAUACUUCUCGUUACAGGCUUGCUGGAAGGCAAGGACACCGGUCUAGAUAUGUUAUGAGAUUGUUAGUGGUAUUCUGUGUACAGGUCUUGCAGCUGUUUUGGGUUAUAGCGAAAAGAAAGAGUUCCCAAUAAGAAGAACGUACCGACUAUCCUUUCAAGGCUAUUGUAUAUUUAUUGUCCUGCGGUGUGUGUUUGUAUAACCUAUGCUUCUUGGGUGUGGGUUAAUUCUCGUUUGUCCGUGUGUCCUCAUGCUGUUAGGGCGUGAGUGUAGGUUGGCGCCAUUCACAGCCGGGUUGGUAGCGAGCUGUAGUCCUGGCUGAAUGUUGCACGAGUGCUUGUAGAAGCAGCCAAGUUCCCAGUUUGUUGUGCCACCCAAGACUUUCCAGUAGAGGGCUUGCCCGUAGGACCAACACAUAUAAUAUGUAGAACUUGUGAUAGAUACAAGCCAUAGAAAUGUGAUUGUCUGAUGCGUUCCAUGAUUUACAUGUACUGACAUUACCCGCUGGCCCUUUGUGACUGUUUAACAUUUUGUGCACUGUGUGUACCUUGUCUUGUUGUUUUGGGGUUUGGAUUUUUUUGCCUUUUUAAAGAGAAGCAAGAGUAACAGUGAUGUGGCAUUGUUUCUAUUCUAGCAAUAGAAUAUGUCAAAUCAAGAUAUGUUGCAUUUUUAUUUUGAUAAUUCACACUAAGUCAUGGAGACAUUAAGGCUGGAGUUUUUCUCACAUUUCUCUAGCAAAAAAUAUGGAUGGUUUCAGAAAUUGUGGAUAUAGGGCUAUAGGUACGCUAGCUCUUGUCAUAGUGGAGAAGUGAUUUGGAAGGGUUGUUGUUAUGUAAGCCUCAACUUAACUUCCUGUAGCAGAGUUGUAAAUAUCUGAAGAAUUAAACUGGUGUCGUAACUUGAGCCAGUUAUCCGUUUUGUUGAACUCUGGAGCACUUUCUCAGUGGUAAUGGUCUUGUCUCUUAGGUGGAAGCAUGAGCACCACUGAAGGGGAUACCUUGUAAAGGUUCGAAGUGAUUCAGGAAAUGUGUUGAACCUAUCACUGAUGAAGGCAUAUGGAGGUAACUCCUUGUUGCGCCCUCCUGGAUUGAGCCACCACUCGUUACGUCAAAAAUUUGCCUUGUGAAAUGAAUUGAACAGUGCAUAGCCAUAGCUGAUUUGAUAUUAUAAUUAUGUUGUAUAUUAUGAUGAUGCAGUUUUGUAGACACUGCUCUUUUUUUCCCUCUCCUGUAUGUUUUAAACUAUGCGGUAUGGUGAAUUCUGAUGUACUCGAUAUAUUUCACUGUGUGGCACCUAUAAUAGAUCAUCAAGAUCAUCAACUUGUGAUAAAGGAACUGUCUUUUUUACCCAGUACCUCAUUGUGUGCAAGGAAAAAGAAUUAUUAUGUUCAUAUUCAUGUGAGUUUUGUGUCUUAUAAGUCUUGUUGGUUGCUGUCUGGGGAGUGGAGGUGCUUCAAAGACAGACAAUGAAAGCGUGUUUAGAGUUUUGUUGACCUCUUGCUUCAAAUGAUUUUCAUCGUUGUCAUAUUUGCACAUCUUGGUUUCUUUGAAAGCUUUUUCAUAUCCAUAGUAAUAGUCAUCUCAGUCCACCUGUACCCUUGUCACUGUGCCUUAUUCUUUAGAUUUUGAAACUGUAGUUCUGAUGUCUCAUACUCCCCAUUUUUGCACUUCCUCUUGAUCUCUCUUGUUAUAUAAAAAAAAAAAAGCAGCUUUCUUUAUUACGUUUUCAUGUUUAUAGAUUUUGCAAAUCGUUUCUACAUUUCUUUUCUUUCAGUCUGCUUUUAUCCUGUAUUGUUAUUUCUUAACCUGUUUAUGGUUUGAGUUCAGGGAGUAAAGAUUGCCCGAAAGUUAGUUGUUGGCUUGAAACUUAAGGUAUUUCUCGUUUCAGAAUAUUUUAAUAUGGAAGACUGGUGUUAUGGAAGAAAAUCUUUUGAAAUGUACCAGGUGAGGCAACUUCAUGGUGAAAAUUUAGAAUACAACUUAAGACUACAUAUAGAUGUAUGUAAGAGUAGUAAGGAUGGACUUUGUCCAGGUCUCUGUGUGGUUAUUUUAUUUUUAUCUCUAUUUGUGGACGAAACGAAGUUUGGUGAACCAUCAAUAUCCUCAGCUCAUUGCUGGGUGUAAUUUGGGACAUUUCUUUGUAUGAGGGGAGCUGAUUAAACUACACUGUGGAAAUUUGUUACUCAAGGGAAUAGCUGACAGCUAAUUUGACUCAGGCAUUCUAUGUUGUUCCAUGCCUAGCCAAAAUCCAAACACUUUCUUACUUAAAAAUCAACUUACAAUGGCUCAUGAUGUGUUCAUUCCGCCCCCCCCUUUUUUUUUUUUUUUUUUUCAGUGGAUGGGGCUGGCUGCUGUUGCAGCCAAAACCUUGAGAACACAGUGGUACAUUUCUUCAGUUUUAUUUUGUGUGUCAUUUGGAGCAUACAACAAGAUUAGACUCAAAGAGGUUGGGGGGGGGGGGGGUUUCUCAUUGGAAUGUUAGAACAAAAGAGUCAGUGCUGAAUGUUGAGGUAGAGGGUUGAAAAAACUGUUGGCUGUCAGUCAGACAGUCUGGGCAUUUGGUUGAAAGAAAGUGGGACCGUUGCUGUUGAAAAGAAAAUACCAAAGAGCUGGGAAAGUCCUGAGGGUGAGAGUGUGGUGCAUGCAAAAACAACAUUCCUUAACUUAUUGGUUCUUGGCUCGAUGUCUCCGCAAAAGAGUUUCAAGAGUGGAAAGCUUUUGCUUCUUGCAGAAAGUUCUUUUCCUGACUCAACAACAGAGUGCUCCAUUUCUACUGUUUGCGUUUUUUGGCCUCUUCAAUUUUAUGCUUUUUGUUGGAAGUCAGUAUAUGUUGCUUCCUCGGACAUGCAUAAAGGACUUCCAGCUUGAAUGAAAGUGUUGUCUUGUGCUUUCUACUAAAAAUGAAACUGUAUGGUCAGUUCAGAGAUAGCCUUGUGGUGGGUGUUACCUCGUUAAGGGCAUAGUGGACACAUAAUAUGUCUGAUCAGCAGCAGAUCACAGACAAUAAUGCGGCUCAUUUUGAUCCUUCCUACACAAGUCAGAAACAACAAUUUGCAUACUUCAUAGCAUGUAUCUUGUUUGCCUCUUUAAGUUUCAAGUAAAGCAAACAGAAUUGAAAAAUAUGUAUGAAUAUUCCAGUUAUGUGACACACAUUGCUGACAGCCUCCUCCCCAUUUAUUUUAUACAAAGUUUUGACAAUGUUACCUGUCUGUUGAUGGAUGUUGUAUCAACUUCCACUCAGUGCCUCGUGCUUGGUGAGGCACCUGCUUUUUGUCGUGUUGUAAAAAGCUGGAGCUCCGGUGGCAAUGGCCGUUCGUAUAUCUGCAGAGACACCCAUUUUGUGAAAUAUUUGUAUUUGCUUGAAGCUUCGGGGCUGACUCUGGGCUUGGAAAAUUGCACCAAAAAAUUGUGAGGUUGUAGUAAUUGAAUAGAUUUCUGCUACAAGCAAAAUUUAGAUUCAGAUGACAGCAUGAACAAAGCAGUGUUGAUACUUUGAAAUACAGUGGAAUGGGCUGAAACUGAAAUCUCCGGGACCGCUGGAUUUUCUUCGGUUUAGCCAGGUUUUCAGUGUACAGAGGUGGCUGAGAUAGCGAUUAUUGUCAACAACGUAGAGUUGGGAAUGCCAUGCUUGCAGCGAAAAGUACACUGGCGAUGCCUCUCUCUGGCCCGCGAUUGACACACCUGCGUUGUCAUAUAUUUUUCUUCUGUUUCGCUUUCUUAGAACUCGUAAGACAUGAUGAUUUGCAUUACUUGAGGGUCGUUAGUUAAGAUUUAGACAAUAUAACCCUCACAGUUCUUUUCGAUUUAGAAAUGGGAACAUUUAAUUUCGGCUAAUCGAUAGUUUUCUUACAAAGAAGAAAAAAAAUCGGCGAUUUAAUUUUUGUUGGGUUUACCGCUGGUUUCAGAUUGACCAUGUUCAGUUAAUGUGUACUCAAAUAUUAUAGUGGUUUGGGGAAGAUGUGAAAAUAAUAUUGUCUGGAAUCUAUUUCUUGACAGUGUUUGGGGGGGGGGGGUGCAUAGAUACAUCGCAAAUUUUGUUUUUGGGUACUUGGGUUUAAAGCACCUGUUUUGAACGUUUUGCGUCUGCUUCAGUUUCCUUCCUUGUAGACUAUCUGAUGAACUCUGAUGUGUCGGUGCAGUUCCUAUACAGUGUACAGAUAUGUGAUGUACAAAUUCCUUAAAUUACUAUUCUUGAUGUGUUUGUAAAGGUCAGAUACAUGUAUUCACAUUUUACUGCACUGUUUCUGCCUAGGUGUAAUUUUGACUUUGUUUGAAAGCAGCUCAACGUGUGCUUUACUUUUGUGACAGAUUUUCUUCUGGGAAAUUUUGAGAGAUUAAGUUGCAUGCUUUGGAAGAAUUUUUUAAGGGUCAACUUGACAGAUUUUCAUUCCCACUACUGCAGCAACCGUAGAAGAAAAGCUGCUGGUCUGCUGUUGCCGAGUCCUAUUUUAUACCAUGUUACCUUCUUCCCAGUGAGCAUACAUGUGUGUACGGUUCACUGUCAGUAAGAUUGUCUGGAGUGGGUUUUUUCUGAGAGCGGUUUUUUUGUGUUUUUUUUUACUUCAAGGCUAUGAAGUGUGUGAAAGGAAGUUUCCAACAGAGUUGGUUUUGGACCUUGUGUUUCCCGUCGACUUUUUGUAUAUUUGCCAUUGUAAUCUGAGACGAGCUCUGUCAAAAAUUUGUUGUGGUGGUCUCCCCUUGGGGUUUCGGUGGGCCUGAAUUUGUGACUGGUUCACGACUUUCUCAUUCUGAUGCAAACUGUGGUCAUGCUGACUGCACGAUAAGUGGAAACGAAUUGUUUUGUCUUUGUGAGGUGAUGGACAGGGACUGUAAAUUCUUUAUGCUGACUCUUACUAUAUUGUAUGAUGAUAAUGCUUGUGACAAGACACCACAUAAUGUGUUGGUCAUGUUCAAUUUUCCUUCUUUUUUCCCCCCUUCAUUCACAAUUCAGAGUAACGGAAUGGGUUUGUUUUUUUCCUCCAGUGUACAAGAAUCUGUGUGUAUGUGUGUGAAAGUAAUGUGAAUUGUACAAAAUGUUUUUUCUGGAACUAAAGAGUUUGACAUUUGUAUCUGGGUGCGUGUGUGUGUUUGAUAUACACCUGUUAUCUACAAGCUCAACUAUGAUGCUGGCUUUUUUUUUUCUGCACCAUUCAUUAGUAUGUAUGUUGCUUUUUUUCAAGAAUUACUUUUGCCAUAUGAACGUGCUUACCUAAAAAUCAAACGAGAUACUAAGACUCAAUAGUAUUGUAAGAAGACAUGUUUGGUGUUAUUGCCAAUUUGGGUUUGGGGUUUUUUAGUUUUAAUUAUUUAAUAAUAUCGUUCCAUUUUGUUGCAGUAUAACAGUUGUUUGUAUCUUCUGUUUCUAUAUAAUUUGUGUUCACGUGUGCACAUAUAUAUAUGUCAAGGCUGCUGUUCAAAUAAAGGCUCCAAGACCUGGGAAUUUUGGAAUACUUUCUAUCGGAACGUACAGCUGCGUACCUUGAAUAUAUUCUGGUUUAAUAAUAUUUCAUGCCUGAAACAGUCACUUUUGAGAUUGUACAAAUCACAUAGCAAGAGCUGUAGGUCAAGCUGAAAAUAUACAUCCAGCUGGCAAGGAGAUUACGCCACAGAUUCUUGGUUUUUGAAAAAUGUGCCCAGCAAAUGCCAUGAGGAUGUAGUUUCUGCAAGAAAUGAAUGCUUUAAGUCUUCCAUAGUUUUGCUAUUAAUCUCCUUGUGUUCAUCCAAGUGAAGUAUGGGUGUUGACCCCGUGAAAACAGGCUCCUCGUGAGAGAGAAAUUCUUUGUAUUGUGGUGGAUCUUCUCGCGCCGUUUUAUUUUUCUGUCGGGUGUUGUCCCCUCUGGAAUUUUCAGGAUCCUGUCUCAGAGUUGUUUUGUUUGUAUAUUCAGACUUUCUCUUAGGGUUUGGGAACUAUUUAUAAGAAGGAAGUAAACUUUUUUUCUUUUUUUUUUUUUUUUUUGUCUUUCAACAACUUUUGAGAUUACUGACUUUUUGUCCCUAUAGUGACGUGCCAGUGAGAUGUGUUACAUUUUCUGUAUGUUUGUACAGACACUUUGGUUCUGGGGGUUUUUUUGUUUUGUUAUUUCCUUUCAAUUUUUUUUGUUCUGAACAUAAUAUAUAUAUAUAUAUAUAAAUUUAUAUAUAUAUGUGUGUGUGUUUCCAGGAUAAGUCCCAAUGAGGGAGGUAGUUCUGUGUACUAACGGGUUACAGUUUCAGCUCAUACAGUUAAAGCCACCAGUCUGUUUUCUUUCAAAACAUUAGUUUUGUUUUGUUUUUUGGGGGGUGAUUUUUUAUCUUUCUCAAAACAACUUACUAUAUCAGUGACAAAAAGUCUGGAUGUUUCUUUCUUUUAUCGAGUGAGUUUUUUUAUUUUCAGAUGUUGAGUAGCGAUGAUGGGCUGAUUUUGAAAUUGAAAGAUUCUGUAAACGACAGUUUCGUUGGUGCUUUCCAGUGUAAAUUUAGAUGAAGAGUUCAUCAUUCUUGAUUUUUCGUCUAUAAUCUUAUUCCUUUAGAAGACUGCUUCUUCACUGUUACUUCUUCACAGGUAGCACAUGUAUUUCAUUGACAGGAUAGUGUAUAGAAUUGUUUUCACUAUGGUACCCUCUUUUUUUCCCUGUGUGUCUCUUGAUUUCUUUCCGUUUGUAUAGUUUCUAUUCUAUUUUAUUUUUUUCAGAGUAGUAAGUAUUUGGUUGUAAAAUAAGAAUUUUACCUUGAAUGGAAAAUGUGUCCUGAAAAAUGAAUGUUUGUGAAAGAGUUUACAAUUGUUGUCUCCAUACAAAAAGAUUCAAGGUUUUAACUUUUUGCCCUUUCAAAGAGUAGAUAUAAGUUGCUUGUGUGUGCAUGCUUGAUAACAGCGGUAGACCCUUAAGAUAUUUUUUCCCCUCCCGUCGUUAUUAACUAGUCCAUUAAUGUUUUGCUUUCUAGGCUUGGGGUUUUUUUUCGUCAGUUAUAAAGAUAUCUUUGAUGUGUUAACGACUAAUAUUACUCUUAAUAAUUUGCUUAAAAAUUUGAUUAAAAGGAAGAUUUACUUUGUACACUA